CUUUUUUCUCCAACUUAGUCGCAAUAAGUCGCAUGUAGGCACGGACAAACAUAAUUGAAGCGUUAUUGUCAGUUGGUACAAGCGAGCAAGUUAGGAGGGAACCCCAAGCCAGUUUAUCGGGAAUAUCAUCAUCAAUUUGCAGCUUAAAAAUGCAAAGUGACACUGACUGGGCUGUAGAAGCCGUGCAGCAUGCCUCAUCCGCGCCGGAUUUCGCAAUUCAAAAACUCCUAUCAGGGACACACCGCAAGCUGCUGACGCUUGUGGUGAUAAAUGACGGCGCACGGGUGCUCCUCGGGCUGAAGAAGCGUGGGUUCGGUGCUGGAUUCUAUAAUGGAUUUGGUGGGAAAGUUGAUCCGGGAGAGACCAUCGAAGAAGCAGCGCAGCGGGAGCUUCAGGAGGAGGCCUGCAUCACAGCGGAACUGAAGGACGCAGGUGUGCUGGUCUUUGUUUUCGACGACCAACCGCAGCCGUGGGAGGUCCAUGUGUUCACUGCAAGCUCGUAUGUGGGCGAGCCGGCGGAGACGGAUGAGAUGCGGCCCCAGUGGUUCACACAUACCGAUGUGCCGUUUGACUCCAUGUGGGCUGACGACCUGAUCUGGUACCCGUACCUACUGCGUCACGAAUACUUUAGGGGCGUGUUCGCAUUUCGGCAAACGACCAAGCUGGCUUGGCACACGAUGCUUCCACCCUCACCGGACAGUUGAGCUGGCCUGAGUCACUGUCAAAACAGUGGUUCCUGUUAUGUACUUGCAGAAGAUUGCCAGCGCGCCCGCAUGCCUGCUUGGCGGCUAACCUGACGCGCAGAUGGAAGUGCCCGUGCUAAUGAUUAUGGGGUCAUAACCCAGCGGACGCCGGUGUAACUACGAGGUUCCUG